GUUCCACCGCAAGAAACUCUACAAGCUGAAUAGAAUUACACUCGGUUCGUUUUUAAGUAGAUUGCCCAAGUGGCCAUAACUAUUUGAGCUCUGAGGUCUUGGAAAGUAAUAAAGGUAGUAGUGAUAGGGUGAUAGCAGCUUAAGUGGUUGGAAUUUUGGAUGGGCCCAUCCCCGUUCAUUUCUCAAAGCACACGACACGGCACGAGAUCCUGCUUGUCCACGAAAUAUCGCCGAGAAAUUUCCAAAUCAGCCGCCGCCGAUCCCGACCAUGUCCUCCGGCGACCUCGACGGCGCCGCCCUCAUCCUCUCCCUCCCCGAGGACGUACUCGCCCUGAUCUCCGCGCGCCUUUGCACCCGCGACCUCCUCGCGCUCUCCGCCGCCUCCCGCCGCCUCCGCCACGCGCUCUACGGCGGCGGCGCCGACAAGGCCUGGCUCGCGCAGUGCCGCCGCCUCCUCCCCUCGCCGCCCCACCUCCUCGCCUGGCGCGCCGCCGCCGGCGGAUCCUCCCUCGCCGUCUGCCGCUUCCUCCACUCCGCCGCGCCGCUGCUCGGCGCCCUCUGGGCCCACCAGAACCCCGAGCUCGGCAACCUCGUCGCCGCCGUCCCGGGCUUCCUCUCCGUCGUUGCCGCCCGCGCCAUCCCGCAGGAGCUCUCCCCGCGCCUCCGAUGGGCACCCGUCUUCGAGCUCCUCGCCGACGCCCAUGGACGCCCCGCCAUCCUAUUCCUCCACGGCCACCAACCCGCCGACCUCUUCCCGGCCCGCCUCUCCUCCCUCCAGCCCCACGCCAACGUCCUCUUCCUCGAGGCCCAAACCGACCAGGACCCCAUCGCUGCCUCCUCCUCGCACCAGUUCCCCCGCCUCGCCUUCGGCGACCGCCGCCGCCUGCUCGACUCCCUCGUCGACGCCUGCCGCGUCACGCUCCCGCCCGACCUCGUCGCGGCCCCGCUCUUCGCGCGCUCCGAGGAGGACCUCCCGGUGCUCGCGGCGCGACGGGAGGCGAUGCUGCGGCUGCACAGGGAGGCUGGCGGGGGCAUGGUGCGCACGCCGGAGGUCCAGGGGCUCCUACUAGAAGCCAAGAAGAAGGCAGCGCCGUCGUCACCGAGCGACGGUGGGGAGAGGAUUCGCCUGCGGAGGAGCCUCUCCGCUGUAGCAGUGGCCGUCAGGAACGGCCUGCGCCAGAUGGUGACACGAUCAGUGUCAGCGAAUUCCAGGACUCAGUACAUCGACACCAAACAUCUGCUGUUGGCUGACUUCCUGCACACCGGUGAGAGUGUCGGCCUGAGCAUCCGCGGCGCGAGAAUGCGGCUGUCCACUUACCGUGCAUGGCCGAGCAUGCAUGACAACCGCUUUGCGCUCUACAAGCUCACGGUGCAACCGCCCGUGCCAGGAAGGGAGUACUCCGGGCUGUGGGGAGGCACAUUCGGGUGGCCUCCAGGGCGACCCGAGGAUGAGUGCAAGCCCAGGAAGGCUCUCUUCUUCUUGCUGCUCUCAUACGAGGAGGACAGCGAGGGGAAGCCUCUGCUGAUUGCGACUAAGGUGUUGGAGGGAACACACUACGUCGUGCAUCCGAAUGGGUCAUCUAUGUUUGUCGCAAGGAUGGGUGAGCCGUCAACAGAGGCUUUUCCAUGGCAGACCGAUGGGGAGUCCCGAAAUGUGGAUGUGGAGAGGGGCUUUGCAGGAGAGGGCAUUGCCACUGGGUAUGGCUUCAGGUACCCUGGCUCAAAGCCUGGCUCACUGUUUGUCCUCCAGGAUGGUCAGCUUGCGUUUGUUUGGAAAGAGACAGGGGCUGUGCUCACCUUGAAAAGACUGAAUUUGGAAGAGUUGCUGAAGAAAGGGGAGCGUGUGCCUGCAUUGCAGCCAGUACCAAAUUUUGCGUACCUUACAAAGUCUUACUCCAACGUCUUCACUGGUUUCCCUGGCAGUUCGGCUUCUCCCAGGUAAAAACCAUAAGUGGAGAGGAUGUAUAGAAUGAUCACCUCAUGCAGAACAAUGGAGAAGUGGUCUCUGGAUCAAGUUCUGUCCUUCCUUGCCAAGCGAUGCAUGUGCCUGCUUCUCUGGAGGUUGGGCGUCACCAGGUGAUGUGUCUCGACUCUCGAUGCUGUAAAGGAGGAGCAGCAAAACAGCAGCAAUACUUCAGGAAUAUCAAUACUCUAUCGUUAAGGAAAUAGCAACCACACCACAUAUUCCUCACUACAGCUAUUUUUCAUGACUGCUAUUAAUGAAAUCCAUUUGGAGUGUAAAUUUGUUUGAGAUUUGUAUAUAUCUUUAUUGAAAUGCAGGUGAUUGAUACGAACUCUAUCCUGGAACAGUUCUGUUCAUAUGACGUCGCUGAAUUCAGUCAGUUAUCAUCUUUCUUUUUUUA